CAGAAUCUGGUCCGUAUGCUUCCACUGCAGAUGUUUAUGCUAUUUCAUCUACUACAGUUUGAGCCAUUGACAUUGACUUACUUUGCAGUUCGCAUUUACAUACAAUGUCAAAGUUGGGCCCUUAUCCCUUCUUCAUCUCCCGAAUCCAUCUCUCAUCACAGCAACUGUUGCCCCAUUCAAAGACAGCUGAGCACUGAAGGGCGCAACACCACAGCAAUAAAGAUGUGAUGGUGAAUGGGAUGAUCAAUCCACCGUUGUAUUCUGUUCAGUUUCCCAUCUCAUUGUCCAUCCGGUCUGAUCAUAUCUCGAAAGUCAUGUACAUACCUAGAUCGAGAACUGCGGGAGACAAAGCUUUAUAGCUAUGGCACUCAUCACAUUUGAACGAGUAGAACCUUCGACUCUCUCUUCUCUAAACUGGAAAAUCUUCAUGAAAGUUCGAAUGACAUCGUUUAUACUUUUACUUUGGUUAUUAGCUGCAAAUGUUGUCAAUGCCGCUUUGACCGAGUCCGAGUUCAAUUUCAAAUUGUUCUCCGAGGCGGUGACCCCAAAC